AUGGCUCAGACUGUGUCGAGCAGAAGCAGGACCAUGUGGAGACAUGGCUCAGACUGUGUCGAGCAGAAGCAGGACCAUGUGGAGACAUGGCUCAGACUGUGUCGAGCAGAAGCAGGACCAUGUGGAGACAUGGCUCAGACUUGUGAAGGUACUAUCGCACACUGCCUCAGCACCAUCGACUGCACCAUCACCAGCCCCGAGACCAUUAAACCCUCAUCAGGGACUCACCCACUGACCUGCGAGUCUGUGGUCGGAGGGGGCCUCCCUCCGGGGCCCCUCCCUCCUGGGGCCCCUCCCUCCUGGGGCCCCUCCCUCACAGAUAACCCUGUCGCAGCUGCCCCGGGGCUGACUGAUGACGUACCGCUCUGA